CCUUGUUCCGGUAUCAUUGCUCCGGAGCCUUCCGGGUGCAGAAGUCUAAUUUCAUAUCUACUUGCGUGAGCUCUUUGGAGUUGUCAUAUUACUUGGAAUGAAGCUCUGAAAGCAUCCAGAAAGUUUAGUUGGAAUAUCAUCCAACUCAGAUCAAGCCUUCAAUUUACAAUCUCUUCUCUGCACUCGAUUUAAGACGAGGACAUCGAACAAGUAAGCACAGGCUUGCAACAGCAUGACAACAGACGUCCAAAGGAGUUACAUAUACACGCUACAAGAUUCACAGAAGCCAGCGGGAGUUCCCUGAUUAAUGAUAGGGCAAUAUCUGAGGAAAAUUAAGACAAAGAUUCCGGCCCUAGCUGCGAACACUGCCGAUGACCACGAUGGCUACAAAUGUUUACCCAGGUUUGUCCCAUAUUGACUCCUUAUUGAAAGACGCUUCCUACUGCCAGAACGUUAACCAGAAUUACAGAAGCAACGAAAGAGAGUCUUUUUAUGGAGAAAUUUAUUAUUUAGCGUCAGGAGUUUCUUUCAAGGGACCAUGGAAUCCUUCACCUCUAAAAGGAAUAUCAUUCUAUCCCCCAGAUAUCGGUAUUACAUUGGAAGAAUUUCUCAAUGACUACCAUAAAAUUCUACCGUGGAUCAGCGAUACUCCGGUUGACAAACGAAACCCAGAGCACGUCAAGUUCCUGCUUCAUUCUGUUUUCCCUGAUCUCGAGACCAAGAUAGCCAGGACUGGAAGAACUGAAGACGUUCUCGAUAUUAUUUUGAUGCUUUCAUGUGUUAAGCAGUGUCCUGUCGUAACGCGCUACGCUCUGCACAUGAUACUAGAAACAUUAACAAAGACCAGCUACGAUUCAGGAGGAAUGUUUAAUGAUUUCCUUUUGAAAUGUGAAUUAUUUCUUAGAGACUCUCUUCUCGACAAGAGUAUGUUUGAUCAUGAAAAUGCUGAGGAUCAGGGCCUCAGGAUUUUUGUGUACAGUCGAUGUUUGAUGAUCCUCUAUGCAAAUAUCGUACAAGGGACAAUUGCAUUAGCAAACAUAGACAUAAAUGUUGAGCUUCUUCUCGUAAGAUUAGAUGACCUUGAAGAACAAAUCUUCUUUGCAGAAAAGGAUAAGCCUCGUUAUGCCAUAUGCUGCAUUAAAGAAACAAUCGCAAGGCUUUUUUUAAUCAAAAAGAAGGACGAAGAACAGAAAAACUGCAUUCACAUGUUUUUAAUUCGGUUAAAGAAAUACAAUAGUAAAGGAGAAGAAAACAAAGRCCAAAGAAAUKMCAKUGUUAAARAUUUCCUCUCCAGAAUCAAGACUUCCAAAACAGGCUGGUAUGAUUUUCAUGCUGCAGUGUUUUGCUUGGGUUCUCAGAUCCAUAAAAAGCCAAAAAAUAGAGAAAUUCUAAAGUCCCUCGUUGAAAACUAUGUCAUCCAGAAUGCUGAUUGUUGCAGAAAAUGGACCAGCGAGGGAGAGUGGCAAACAGGUCUUGUUCUGGGCAAUGUACUGGAGGACAUUCUAAAUUACAACCAUGACAGAAGCACCCGUGCACUUUCCUGUCUCUGUCUUAUUUACUGCUUCAAACAUUUAACAAAACGAAUUUCACUUGAGAAGUUGAUGGUACAACAAAGUUUGCAGCGCAGUCUUUAUGGACCAAACAGAGAACUACGCCAAGUGAUUUUAGAUCACUUGGAACUUGGUGAAAGAAAAAGAAGAAAAAGAGGCGUUACCAUGAAAAACAUGAAUGAGCAUAUCUCCAUCACCCAUUCGAUGGAUUAUUUGGUUCAAAAGUACAAGAAGCAGCUUUUACCGAGUUCACAAGAUUUCAAGAUGAAAAACAAACUAAAAGGCUACUUUUCAGUGAGCUUUCGUGGUGAAAAGGCGUUAGUCAAAAUCAUAGAAGCGACCAAAGAUGACUUGGUAAGAGAAAAAAGAAAAGGUCCAAGCAAAGUCCACCAACAACUUGUUAUAGAAGCUUACACCCUACGACGUCUGAAUUGCAAGCCACACCCUAACAUACUAAGGGUGUUUGCUUACGAUACGUUAGCUCAGCCGUAUCACCUCAUUACAGAGUUGGUGUCUGAAGGUUCUCUUUUGCAGUUUUUGCACAGUUUAAGGUCUCGCCCAGAACCCAUGCCAGUCCCAUCAGCUUUAAUAGAAAUGAUGUUUGGAAUCAUGGAUGCUGUAAUCUACCUCAAUGAACAACAUCUUGUGCAUCUUGCCGUCGUGGCCGCAAAAUUCUUAGUUUCCCAUGACAACGUUUGUAAAUUAACUGGAUUCCAUUAUGCAAGAGAAAUGAUAAAACAGCAAAGUGGCAAUUAUGAGUAUGUGUCAAUUCAUGAUAACACAGCAACCCGACAUGCAGCCCCAGAGUGUUUGGAAAAUGGCCGAUUCUCAGAAAAUUCUGUUUCCUGGGCAGUUGGAAUUUUGUUGUUUGAGAUGCACACCUAUGGCGUAUCGCCAUACAAUCAAUACAGCAAUAAUCAAGCCGAUGAAAUCCGGAGCCACCUUAGAGAUACUUCUCAGUGUACAAUGAGCGACGAAGACAGCCACAGCGAAAGCGAAUUUUACUAUCCAGAUGAAGAAGAGGCAAAAAGUGAGCAAAACAACAUGGCUGAAGUACAAGUCAUACAAGUCAGCAAAUGAGCACCAUCAGCGACAAAUGUCGUACAUUUUGAGUUCUUCAAGUCACUCGCAAAAUUCUAAACAGAUA